GAGCACGCAGUCACGUGACUGCUACGGCUUCCUCCAUAUGACAUCACUGCCUUUGCAGCCAUAGCAGGAAAGAAAGGAUGGUGUCAGGAAUUUGGGGGCUGAACUAAAUGAUGUUGCAUUGCAGGUACUAAUAUGGUUAAUGCUGGAAACAUGAAUGGGCCUGGAAAUUUGAUGGAUUUCUUGGAUGAACCUUUCCCUGAUGUUGGGACAUAUGAAGACUUUCAUACCAUUGAUUGGUUGAGGGAGAAGUCACGUGACACAGACAGGCAUAGAAAGAUUACAAACAAAAGCAAGGAGUCAAUAUGGGAGUUCAUCAAAAGUUUACUAGAUGCCUGGUCGGGAUGGGUUGUGAUGCUUCUUAUAGGACUGCUGGCAGGCACAUUAGCUGGCGUUAUCGAUUUGGCGGUGGACUGGAUGACAGAUCUGAAAGAAGGUGUCUGUUUAUCUGCAUUCUGGUACAGCCAUGAGCAGUGUUGCUGGACAUUUAACGAAACUUCUUUUGAGGACAGGGACAAAUGUCCGCAGUGGCAAAAGUGGUCUGAACUUCUAGUUAACCAGUCCGAGGGUGCAAGCGCUUACAUUCUAAAUUAUUUUCUUUACAUUUUGUGGGCUCUAUUGUUUGCUUUCCUGGCUGUCUCCCUUGUCCGGGUUUUUGCUCCCUACGCCUGCGGCUCUGGAAUUCCAGAGAUAAAGACCAUCUUGAGCGGUUUCAUUAUAAGGGGCUACCUGGGGAAGUGGACCCUCUUGAUCAAAACAGUAACUUUGGUUCUGGUGGUGUCUUCGGGACUCAGCCUUGGCAAAGAAGGGCCUCUGGUGCACGUGGCCUGUUGCUGUGGCAACUUUUUCAGCAGCCUCUUCUCCAAGUACAGCAAGAACGAGGGAAAGAGACGAGAGGUGCUUUCAGCUGCUGCUGCCGCCGGUGUCUCUGUUGCCUUUGGAGCACCAAUUGGUGGUGUCCUUUUUAGCCUAGAAGAGGUGAGUUACUAUUUUCCGCUGAAGACUCUCUGGAGAUCCUUUUUUGCUGCCCUCGUUGCCGCUUUUACCCUGAGAUCCAUCAAUCCGUUCGGAAACAGCCGCCUGGUUCUGUUUUAUGUGGAGUAUCACACGCCUUGGUACAUGGCCGAACUUUUCCCCUUCAUUUUGCUGGGAGUUUUUGGAGGUUUGUGGGGGACGCUUUUCAUCCGAUGCAACAUUGCCUGGUGCAGGAGGCGCAAAACCACCAAGCUUGGGAAGUACCCGGUCUUAGAGGUCAUCGUGGUCACUGCCAUCACUGCCAUCAUUGCUUUCCCCAAUCCGUACACUCGCAGGAGCACCAGCGAGCUCAUCUCAGAACUGUUCAACGACUGCGGCGCUCUGGAGUCCUCGCAGCUCUGCGACUACAUAAACGACCCCAAUAUGACGAGGCCUGUGGAUGAUAUUCCUGACAGACCGGCUGGGGUUGGAGUGUACAUGGCUAUGUGGCAACUAGCCCUGGCUCUGGUUUUUAAAAUCAUCAUCACAAUAUUUACCUUUGGUAUGAAGAUCCCUUCAGGACUCUUCAUACCUAGUAUGGCUGUGGGAGCUAUCGCUGGAAGAAUAGUUGGGAUUGGAGUGGAGCAGUUGGCCUACCAUCACCAUGACUGGAUCAUCUUCCGGAACUGGUGCAGGCCAGGAGCUGACUGUGUUACCCCAGGACUUUACGCUAUGGUGGGAGCUGCAGCUUGUUUAGGCGGAGUCACCAGAAUGACAGUCUCUCUUGUCGUGAUCAUGUUUGAGUUAACAGGAGGAUUGGAGUACAUAGUACCCUUGAUGGCUGCAGCUGUCACUAGCAAAUGGGUAGCUGAUGCCUUUGGCAAAGAAGGGAUCUACGAGGCACACAUACAUUUGAACGGCUAUCCUUUUUUGGAUGUGAAGGAUGAGUUCACCCACAGAACACUGGCCACUGAUGUCAUGAGGCCUAGGCGCGGGGAGCCGCCUCUCUCCGUCCUGACCCAAGACAGCAUGACAGUAGAAGAUGUGGAGACGUUAAUCAAGGAGACAGACUACAACGGCUUUCCAGUGGUGGUUUCUAAAGACUCUGAACGCCUUAUAGGCUUUGCACAGAGGCGGGAGUUGAUUCUUGCCAUAAAAAACGCAAGGCAGCGGCAGGAUGGUGUAGUCAGCAAUUCCAUUAUCUAUUUCACUGAAGAGCCUCCAGAAGUCCCGGCAAACAGCCCUCAUCCACUGAAGCUCCGGCGUAUUCUCAAUCUGAGCCCCUUUACUGUCACAGACCACACGCCCAUGGAAACAGUGGUAGACAUUUUCCGGAAGCUUGGACUCAGGCAGUGUCUUGUCACACGCAGUGGGAGGCUUCUGGGCAUCAUAACAAAAAAGGACGUGUUAAGGCAUAUGGCUCAAAUGGCUAAUCAGGACCCUGAAUCCAUCAUGUUUAACUAGGCUGAUCCCAGAGGACAGGCCAGGAUCUAAGUUUUCAAGGGAACUUUACUGGACUAAUAGAUGUGGAUUUUGUACAGUACUUCAUUUUUGUUUCGUUUUGUUAAAAUGAGAUUUAAAUAAGAUGGAGUCAUAUCCAGGGCAGAACCAAAGGAAAAUGCUGACAGGGGGAGCGAAUGCAACGUUAGAGUUUGGAAAUGCUAUCCACCUGCAGAUGGACUUGGGCUAAAUGCUACUCUUGUCAUGGGAACGUUUAAUCCCAUGGUGAGUUUCCAAUUCUUCCCUUCCAUGGUAGUUUCCUCAGGAGCCAUCAUCACCUAGUUGUUUUCCCUGUCCCCUUUGCACAUAAACUCUGAUGGGGGGAGAGAAAAACUCUACUACGUGACCAGCCUUGAGUCAAAAUGUGAGUGCUGUGAUAUAGUUCGUGGGAGGGGAGGGUGGGGAGGAAGUCACCAAGAGGUUUGAUCCUAUAGAAUUACAUAUAAGUAGCAACCAAGGUACUUAUAACUGCUUGGUUGGUGCAUGCGUAGGUGUGAAAUGGUUUGUGUUGACAAGGAAUGGGAAGCAUGGAGGAAUGCCACCAACUUGACAGGGUGAUGUAGAAAAAUAGCAAGCAUAUUUAUAAAUACAGUAUUAAGACAAAUGCAAAAACGUUGUGUUCAAAUCAACUGUGUGCUAGCCAUGUUUUUCUCUCUCCUAAGUUCAGCACUUAUUGGUUAAUGGAUUAUGCUAAAGUAUUUUCAGAAAAUGUAUAAUUUUAUGAAGAAAUGUAUUGCUUUUGCCUAUUUUUGUAGAUAGACAAAGUAGAUUUAAAGCUGUGCUUCAGUUGACUUUCAGCAUUGUAAAACUGGUUUCGUUUACUAAAUUUUAUCCAACCUAAAUUUUAUCCAACCUACAUGGUGAAUAUUUCUUCUCAUUGGCUGCAUUUGCAUGUAAUGCUAAACUUUGGUUUAACACUGCAUGCACAGGCUGGAAUGAGCAAGAAUAUGACUUGGGUCAUGCUUCUCCUUCUCUUACAGAAUCCCAGUUUGCAUGAACCAGAGAUCAUGAUUUACAAAUAACUUUGGUCAGUUUUAAAGCAACCUGGCCUUUACAUUAACCAGAAGUUGCUUUUGAAAAAAACAAACCAUGACCUCUGAUUCAUAUGCAACUGCAAGCAAGGGCUUUUAUGUAAGCAGAACUAAACACUGCCCAAGCCCUCAUCUUGCUAUGCAGGAGGAAGAGAGGAGAGUGCACGAGUUAAUUUAUGUAAUGCUAAACCAUGCAAAUGGGGCCACUGUUUCCACAGUGGUAAAAUCUGCAAUUGACUACAUCCUGGAGAUUUUAUCACAGUUUUUCCAGGCUCAUGACAUGUGAAAGUUGAACCAUAGCCACAUCACUUGGUCAUGAAAGAUAAUUGGAAAUGAGCUUCUGUAUUUUUAUCAAUAGGAUUUUUUUAAUCCUUCCUAAUGCACAGGAAAGUUGUUAAUAUUUAUUACUUCUCUAUGCAAAUAUUGCAUCAUUUUUGGGUUUAUGCCACAGUAAAUUUUUGCAGUGUAAAAUGCUUUGUAAACCAUGUUUUAUGUAUAAUGAAUGCACUUCUGUACCACUUCUAGCUAAUUUCUUAUUCCUCCAGUUGGAAGUUCUUUGCGCAGACUUGAAGGUUCUGACACCUGUGAUAUUUGUUACAGCAGAGAUAAUCUCCGCAUCUUCUUGGGCACGAGUCAUAUGGAAAGUUUUAUCUCUUUAAAGAAAGGUAGAACAAUGUUUUGUGAUAUUCAGUUCUCGUUUUAUUAUGGCUUCUUUGGCUGAUAUUGUUUACUACUGGAACAGAGGUAGCAAAAUGGUGCCUUUCAGAUGUUGCUGGAUUACAACUCCCAUCGGCUCCAGCCAGCACAGCCAGUGGUCAGGGAUGAUGGGAGUUGUAGCCUAUGACACCAGGAGAUCACCAUGUUGGAUAGCCUUGUACUAGAAGAAUGUGAGAACUAAAAAUGUCUCUCAGAACUCCACAUACUUGGGAAAGUAGAGACACACACUACAGGACAGCUUUGCAAAUUGAUAAAUGUGGAGUCCUUGGGCUGUAAUUCCAUCAAUAUCAAUGAGUACUUUGGUUUAUAUUGUUUGUGGAUGGUUGAACAAUGCAUUUAUAUGGCAUCUACUGCAUUUGUGGGUAUGCUGUGGGCUAUGCCUAACAAUUACUUUACUGCAAUGUUAAUGACCUGGAGAUUAAAUUGCUUAUAACAGCAUGGAAGUGGCAUUUAAGAAACAUCGGUGUAUGGCAGUCACAAGAACCAUG